AGGAAGUCAGGGGUAGCCAUGGGCCAUCGAUAUCCGACGUCGUUGUCGACGUUGCCAGCUUGUGGGGCAGGCUAGCAAAUAUGAAAUGUUAAUUGCCAGCACGGGACACAUCGCGGCGAACUCUCGUUGAGCUAACAACUCUGGUGAUGUUCUUGGAUCGUUCGAUGUGGUCGUCGUUCAUUUGUAACCAUCACUCUCAACCUCCGAGUCACCGAAAUCUGGUCAAGGACUUAGCGUAGAGCCGUAACUAGCAAUAGCAAUAGCCAAAGAGAGCCUGAAUCGUAAGCGCUGGACGAGAUAGGAUCUGCAGAGCCAGCAACGCCAAAGUACAAAUGUAUCAAUCGAAACUGAAACAGAAUCUGUAACUUGGAACGGGUACAAAGCAAUUCCCUUGGAUGAGCACGCAGCUAGGACACGUGGGAAUCAGCGCGCAUCACACAACCAAUUAGAUAGGUGACUGAGGGUCCAAGGAAGGGAGUCCAGGAGACCAUCCCACCAUCGAAACAGCAUACAUUUUCUAUACGGAACGGCCUGUCGAGCGUAGUGGCAGCAGCACGCGAAAGCGUCCACAAAUCUAGUUAGCAUGGAGUGCUGUUUAUCGGAGGAGGCCAAGGAACAAAAGCGCAUCAAUCAGGAAAUCGAGAAGCAGUUGCGCCGAGACAAGAGAGAUGCGCGCCGCGAGCUUAAAUUGUUGCUGCUGGGCACGGGCGAGUCCGGCAAGUCAACAUUUAUCAAACAGAUGCGCAUUAUCCACGGCAGCGGCUACUCGGACGAGGACAAGCGUGGGUACAUCAAGCUGGUUUUCCAGAACAUAUUCAUGGCCAUGCAGUCAAUGAUCAAGGCAAUGGACAUGCUGAAGAUUUCCUAUGGUCAGGGAGAGCAUAGCGAACUGGCCGAUCUGGUGAUGAGCAUCGACUACGAGACCGUUACCACGUUCGAGGAUCCAUACUUGAAUGCCAUCAAAACGCUAUGGGACGAUGCUGGCAUCCAGGAGUGCUACGAUCGUCGUAGGGAAUAUCAGCUGACUGAUUCAGCCAAAUAUUAUCUGAAGGAUCUCGAUCGUGUGGCUCAACCUGCAUAUUUACCCACUGAGCAAGACAUUUUAAGAGUUCGUGUGCCGACAACAGGGAUAAUUGAGUAUCCCUUUGAUUUAGAAGAAAUCAGAUUUAGAAUGGUGGACGUCGGAGGUCAGCGAUCCGAGAGAAGAAAGUGGAUUCAUUGCUUUGAGAACGUGACAUCAAUUAUAUUUUUGGUAGCGCUAUCGGAAUACGAUCAAAUCUUGUUUGAAUCUGAUAAUGAGAAUCGAAUGGAGGAAUCUAAAGCUUUAUUUCGUACUAUAAUUACAUACCCAUGGUUCCAAAAUUCGUCCGUUAUUCUUUUCCUGAAUAAGAAGGACUUGUUGGAGGAGAAAAUAAUGUAUUCGCAUUUGGUAGACUAUUUUCCUGAGUACGAUGGUCCACAGCGCGACGCAAUAGCGGCCCGAGAAUUCAUACUGCGAAUGUUUGUAGAUUUAAAUCCAGAUUCCGAAAAAAUUAUCUAUUCUCAUUUCACCUGUGCUACAGAUACGGAAAACAUAAGGUUUGUGUUUGCAGCUGUUAAGGACACAAUUCUGCAAUCGAACCUUAAGGAAUAUAAUUUGGUCUAAACUGGAUUUGGAUCGAAAAACUAUUUUUGUGAUUUUUAUACAAACACACAUACACAUUCAUAUAAUUCCUUUUUCGCAUAUUUACUAAAUAUAAAAGAAGAAUUGAGAAGCGAGCGAAUGUGGCCGAAAAUUAGGCAUUAAUUAGACCCGAGAAAGUUUCUUACGUUUGUAACAUCAGGAACCGAAAAUUGUAGCAUAAAUAGAAUACUAAACUGAGAUGGUAAACCAGCAUCAACAAAAUGAUGAAAAUGAUGUAUACAUUUUAAUUUGAGAGAAAAAUAACACAAAAUCUGAUACGGGGUGGCAGCAAAUAAUCAGGACAAACUUUCUCGCUUUACACUACGAUUAUAAAGAUUCGUAGAAUAAUAAUAAUAUAUAUUGAAACAUUGGUGGUGUUUCUAUCGGACAAAGUUUUUUAGAAAACAAUUUUGUGUGAUUUUUUAAUUGUUUUGGCAAAAUAACUUCUAAAAGUCAAAAAGACAGUGACCGGAAAUGUUUGGAUACCAAUGAAAAAAACUUCUGGGUAUAUUCGAGUAAACACCAUGGUCUUUCAGACCAACAAGGAACUGUAUUUUCUUCAAAAGUUUUUAUACAAAAUAUACGUCCGAGUUAUUUGUUGUCACUCUGUUAUAUUUAAAUAAAUUUAUUACUAUAGUAACUUUUGUAAUAAAAACCAAAACAAAAAAUAUGAAACUUAAAUUUAAUCAAAAGCUUGAUAAGGAACAACAAACGGAAAAACUUUGUCGUACUGAAGCAUAAUAAAGCAACAUUUUACUAAAAUAACUACAGAAAGAAAAAACAAAAUUUUGCGUAAAAAAUCCCCCGGAAUAUAUAUUCAAAGAAUUAUAUAUGCUAGAAGUUUCUUAUUAGAAUUUCUGGGCAUAAAGGCGUGUAAAAAUAAAAAACCGAAAAUGAUAAGCUGAUAAAAUGAAUGAAAACGAAAUCACAGAUAAUACUGUAUGUUUUAUUAAGCUAAACCGUAAAUAUUGAUACUAUUGUUUACCGGAAUAUUUAACUAUACAUGCAAACAGAUAAUAUAAUAAUUCAUAAACGCAUAUGUAACAAUUAAACAAUUGAUUAAUUUGUAUUGAGGGAGCCCCAUUCAUUGUAAAUUACGAUUUGUAUUAAUACCAUCAAAACAAGAAAGAAACAAGCAAACCAAGAAAAAGGAAAGGAGAUGAAUCUGUAAGAGAAACGCCGUUUACAUGAAGCAUCCACUUAAAUAAUAAUACAUGUUUGUAAAAAUGUCGAUAACCACCCAUGCAACAACAGCAGAAUCCUUGCAACUUAUUGAUAUUUAAUCAGACAUCAGGUCAAAUCCAAUCAAAUGCGAUAUACCACUGGUCGAGAAACAUAACUAUCAGAAGGGAAAGUUUUGCUCUCAUGUACUUUUGUUGCCAUCAAAAUUUCAGUCGAAACAUUGUUAUCAGAUAUAGCUUGAUUUUCGUACUUUUUACAUUAACUUUGUUAGUUGUUUGCUUAUUUUAUAGAUCUUAAUGUAUGCAACAAUGGACACACUUUGCGGCUAUCCAAUCGAUCUAGCCCGCCAAGUGCGUUCAGUGUUUUGUUUUUGUUUUUAUAAUUUUAGUUUAAUUUAAUAUACAAGAAUAACUAAAAGAGACGCACAUAAAUAGAAAAAACCCAUCAACAAAUUAUUUAUGUAAAAAUCCAAAUAAAAACAAUUCUACUCUACGCAUAUGUGGAAAAAAAAGAAA